AUGAGUGCUAUACCACAUGAUGCACAGGUGAUGCAAGCUAUUUUAAAGGACAUGGGGAUUACAGAAUAUGAACCACGUGUAAUUUCACAGUUGCUCGAAUUCGCUUACAAAUACACAACGGAAAUUCUAGAUGAUGCCCGUUCAGUGAGUGAGCAUGCAGGGAAGAAGCAAAUUGAUGAAACAGAUGUGCAAUUUGCCAUUGACAACGCAGCAAGUACUUGGAAGUCUGAACGUCCCAACAAACAAUUAUUAGUUGAAUUUGCUGAACAAAAAAAUGCGGUACCACUCCCUUCAAUUCGACAAAAUUAUGGUUUAAGGCUUCCAAAUGAUCGAUUUUGUUUGAUACAACCAAACAUGAGUUGGAAGAGUAAUGAACAGCUUCGCGAAAUUAAUGAGCAGAUGAGUAGGAAAGAGGAACCAAUUGUACGGUCAACAGAAGCAGCUCGGCAAACUAGACCUGAGGCAAUCUCUAGCUUACUGAAACGAAAAGCAAAUGAUGAUGAAGAUUUCGAUGUACCAUAA